CAACAACGAAAGGCGAUUCCGCACAUCAUCCGAAAGCCCAUUCCUUUUUGCUAAAGUUACUGCAGCUACAUAUUCAUGUCCCGCUGGUCGCUUGCUCUCUGGGCCAUAACCAUCUUUUUCGCAAUCAUCGCCAUUCAAACUUUCCAGGCUAGAAUCGCCAGCUACACCUUAAAGGGUGUCCAGUCAGCCAUCAAGAACAACGCAUUCCGAGAACAAUCAUUCAGCACCAUGAGUGAGGCUAAUACUUCCAAGGUUGGGGAUGUCUACUUCCUCUCUCAUGGAGGCCCACCAACUAUUGAGCAGUAUGACUCUGCGCCAUAUGAAGGCUGGAGGAAAUUUGGGAAAAUAUUGCAAGCCAACCCACCUAAGGGUAUUGUGGUUGUUUCAGCUCACUGGGAAAAUCAAGAAGCCUUCCGUUCAGGAGUCAUCGUCAAUAACAACUCCUCCAAUCCCUUGAUUUAUGAUUUCUAUGGCUUCCCAAAACAUUUUUACGAACUUACAUUCAGAUCAAGAGCCGAACCUGAAUUACAGAACAAGGUUGUGGAGGCUUUGAAGGAAAGUGGAAUCACGGUCAGCAGGGCCAACAGGGGUUUGGACCAUGGUGUCUGGGUUCCCUUCAGAGCUGCCCUUGGAGAUGAAACUAAUUUCCCUUUGGUGCAAGUCUCCUUGCCCGCCUCUUCUGAUCCCAGAGAGUCUGUCAAAGUUGGUAAGGCGCUUGCCAGCCUUCGACAGGAAGGUUAUGCAAUUAUUGGCACUGGCCAAGUUGUUCACAACCUCCGCGACCUUUUUACUGGUGGUGACUUGUCCUACACUUCUCCUUUCCUUAGUGCUGUCAGCAUUGCGGUAUCUGAGCCGGACCUCGUUGCUUCGACCCUCAAAUUGACAACACAUCCUCUUUACCGAAGGGCCCAUCCCACAGAUGAGCAUUUCUUCCCUCUUUUGGUGGCGUCUGGAGCCGUCCAACCUGGGGAAAAGGUCGAGGAGAUCUACAAGGGAGUUGUGGAUAUGGGUGGUAGGAAUGUGAAGAAUGACGGAUUGGGUUGGGGUAUGUGGCGGUGGACAGCCGCUUAAGACCACAACUCAAUUGCACAUCAACGGUAUGGCUAGUAAUGUAGCGUCUCUGCAUUAUCAUUGAUCUAAUACCUCAUUAUGGGAGGUUAUUUCAAACCCUCCGGGUCAUAUUUAAAGUUGGGAUAACCAGGCGACCACCUAUUGUUUUCAGCCCACUUCCUUCUCUCAUCCUUAUCCUCGGGGAUAUCCUUUGCUCUUGCUACGCCAUCCUCCAUCGCCUGCUCCAACACUGCCAAAGCCACUUCGAAAUUAACCUUUUGGGCGUCACCAAAGUCGGGAAGCAAGGACUUGUUGGCAUUCUUUUUGACCAAGGCGGGAGCGAGCUGGCCUAGACGUUGAGCACCGGCUAUUAUCAUCUUGUCUGUCAUCUUUGACGACUUCGCGAGAAUGCUACCGAGACCCAAUCCAGGAUAGAUCAGAGCCUGAUAGUCGUG